AUGUCAUCACUAUCGCGGGCAGUAACGAAGGCAGUCCAGCAAUACAAAUCUCGCCUCGCGAGACUAACCCCAGGACGGUAUGCCUUGGAAGAAAAGCAAUACUAUCUGGGCACAUAUCACCAGAUAGGGAUCUAUUCUGAUGAUGUAGUGCCUGCAGCGAACAAACGGGCAAUUGACUCUACGAUGUCCGUCACUAAGAUACACGCACGCCAAAUCUUCGAUAGCCGAGGAAACCCCACCAUCGAAGUUGAUCUGACUACAUCCAAAGGUGUUUUUCGGGCUGCGGUUCCAAGCGGAGCUUCAACCGGAGUUCAUGAGGCACUCGAGCUCCGAGACAAUGGCAAAGGCUAUAUGGGAAAAAGCGUGAUGAAGGCGGUGGACAAUGUCAAUAAGGUUAUCGCGCCUGAACUUAUCAAGAAGGGGCUGAAUGUCACCGAUCAAAGUGGUAUCGAUAACUUUAUGCUUAAGGAUUUGGAUGGAACCGACAAUAAAAGUGAGAAGGCGCUGCGCUAA